AUGGCACCGACCGUUUCCGUGCAGGAUUGUUCGACCCGGAUUAAUUAUGGAUGCUAUGAAGAUUCUACUAAUAUUUUGGUCAUUACUGUUAAUCAAAUGCUACGGAUUUAUAAUUUAUUUUUGCUUUCUGAUACUGGUAUUGAUCGUGUAAAUCGAAAUUAUCUUAAACAAUUAGAUAAAUAUUCUUCUCAAUCGGAACAAACUCAUUGUCCAUCUUUU